AUGAACAACAAACGCAGAACUAUGCGCUACGAGUUGGACGCGGGUGACGAAAAUUACCUCUCUCCAGUCUCGCCUAACACCAUCCACCGGGCUGCAAGCACUGGCGAUAUUGGUGGACAAUUCUACCAACAUGAACAGUUGGCUACAACUCGAAAUCGCGACCCGUCGCCGCCACCCAGUGAACUCUGGGGAGGUGAUGCCAAACUCUUAGAUGAAGAUGGCCGUGUCGAGAUUGACUGCGACUCCAAGCUGGCGCGCGCGAUGAGCAUCAUGUACAGAAUGAGCAGAACCGAAACAGACGAGCGCCCGCCUCCCAGAACGCCAUCUCCGGGGCCGUCGUUGCCGCCUUACGAGCGAGUGCAGGGAGAAACCGACCUAAAGGAAUCAAUCAGGCUCAACAUUGUGAUACAAGUCGUGGGCAGCCGAGGAGACGUCCAGCCAUUCGUGGCAUUGGGUGCGGAGCUUCAAAGACGUGGGCACCGCGUGAGACUAGCUACCCACGAUGUGUUUGAAAAGUUCGUCAGGGACACGGGUCUGGAGUUCUACGGAGUGGGAGGCGACCCUGCCGCCUUGAUGGCUUAUAUGGUAAAGAACCCGGGUCUCAUUCCCAGCAUGAAGAGCCUACACGAGGGCGAGAUCCGGCGGAAGCGCGAAAUGGUUGAAGAAAUGCUCGAUGGGUUUUGGGAGGCUUGCAUAUGCCCAGAUGCUAUCAGCGGCCAGCCCUUCGUGGCAGACGCAAUCAUCUCAAAUCCCCCGACUUUUGCCCACAUUCAUUGUGCCCAGGCACUCGGCAUCCCGGUCCAUCUAAUGUUCACGAUGCCUUGGACGAGCACGGCGGCGUUCCCACAUCCGUUGGCAAACCUGAAGAACGCCGGAGGUGAUCGAGACUUGCCCAACUAUAUUUCCUACGGUGUUGUUGAGCACUUGACAUGGCAAGGUCUCGGCGACGUGGUGAACAAGUGGCGAAGCAGACUUGAUUUGGAACAUAUCGCCAUGUUCGAUGGCCCUAGGCUUGCGGAAGCAUUAAAGAUACCCUUCACGUACUGCUGGUCUCCGGCUCUUGUUCCAAAGCCCAAAGACUGGGGUUCGCAUAUUGAUGUCUGUGGCUUCUUCUUCCGUGACGCACCCCAGUUCUCCCCUCCAGAGGAUCUGUCCCGAUUUCUUGCAACAGGGCCUCCGCCAGUUUACAUUGGCUUCGGCAGCAUCGUGUUGGACGAUCCGGAACGAGUCGUCAACACCAUUCUCGGCGCCGUCCGUGCAGUAGGAGUUCGCGCCAUCAUUUCUAAAGGCUGGUCUGAUCUGGCGGGGUCAGAAAGUGACAACGUGUAUUGGAUCGGCGACUGUCCGCACGAGUGGCUGUUCCAGCAUGUCGCAGCCGUAGUGCAUCACGGAGGAGCUGGUACCACCGCCUGCGGCUUGAGGAACGGAAAGCCUACAACCAUCGUUCCCUUUUUCGGAGACCAGCCAUUUUGGGGCGACAUGGUGGCAGAGGCCGGCGCCGGCCCAAGGCCUAUUCCUCACAAACAGCUUACGUCCGAGAACCUCAAGGCCGCCAUCGAGUAUUGUCUGUCAAAUCAAGCCGUAAGCGCAGCGCGAAAGAUCGCCGCUCAAAUGGAAUCGGAAAGGGGCGUACAAGCGGCUGCGGACUCUUGGUGGAAGCAGCUGCCUCUGAAGCGCAUGCAAUGCGACUUGGUCCCAAGUCAACCGGCAGUUUGGACUUACACCAAGUCUAAAAGACCCAUGAAACUGUCGAAGGCGGCUGCUGAAGUCUUGAUGUCUCAUGACGCGGUGCAGCAGAAGCAUCUCUCGAUAUACCAAAGCAAAACUAUUACGACCGACGUCACUCGCUGGGAUCCAAUCUCCGGAGGCGCAUCGGCACUCAUGGCCACGACAGUGGACCUAGCAGGAUCCAUCACAGGUAUCGUGACGAAACCAAUCGAAGAAUACCACGACGAGAAACGCCGUAGAGCUCGGGAGUUGCAGAAGCAACAACAACAUGUUGGUGUGGGCACUGCUGUCUCUCGUGAUGGGUCUUUUGACGACCGAGUGUCCGUUGUGUCGACUGGCAGUGGGAGCGGCAGUAGCAAGAAACAACAUUCAAUGGCAACCAAGGUAGCGGGCGCAUCAGCAAAGAGCAUCGGCAUGAUCGGGCCAACUUAUGUAAAAGGCACGCUGGUCGACAUUCCCCUCGCCAUUACCGAAGGCCUGAGGGCUAUCCCGAAGCACUUUGGCACCGAAGUCCGCAAUCACGGUCCAGUGACCAAUGCCAAGAGCGGCGCCGUCGUGGCGGGGAAAACCUUUGCAUGGGGAAUCAUGGACGGCUUGAGUGACUUGGUCAUGGAACCAGUCAGGGGCGCGGGUAAGGAGGGAGCUCUGGGUGCUUUCAAGGGAGCCGGCAAAGGCUCUGCGAGUCUGGUGGCCAAGAGCGGUGCGGGCAUGUUUGGAUUGUUCGCGUACCCCGGUGCCGGAAUCGCGAAGAGUUUGAGAUCUGCGGUGCACAGCGGAACGAGGAAGACUAUUGCCAAGGAACGGCAUACGGAAGGGCAGUGGCUCGUCAACAGUCUCGAGGCGUUGGACGUGGAUGCUGGUGAGAUUGUUGCCUCAUUCAAUCGAGUUCGUAGUCUCAAAUAG